GUUUCGGGGUUAUUUAGUAAAGGCGAUGGCGCCCGCCUGACGCGCUCGGGGCGAGUUCUUCCUGAAGUAAGCCGGCACGGGGGCGGGCACCGCCUGCAGGGGCGGUCUGGCGGGUCCAUCGGCGGGCAGGGAGGUCCCGGCUGCUGCUGCGGAACCUGACCGGCGGGGCUUGGACUUCGGUUCGGUUACUUCAUCGUUUGGCAAGGGGACCGACAGGAAGGGCUGCUGGCGAGCUCAGACCGCCCCGCGCGCUGCUGGUGAACGGUGACGGGCGGAGAGAGAGGGGGAGAGAGAGAACCCCGGUGGCCUGAGGAGCGCAAGGGACGCGGCCGGAGACGCAUUCAGUAUGGCUUCUCCAGCUCUACUCAUGCGUGUGGUCGCCUCUGCAUAUUCUGUUGCGGAAAAAGCUGCAACAAUUGUUAGAAAUGUAAUGUCUGCAGGAGAUCUGGGGAUAGUGGAGAAGACUGGAGCCAAUGACUUGCAGACCAAAGCUGACCGACUGGUACAAAUGAGCAUUUGUGCUUCCCUUGCACGGAAAUUUCCCAAGGUGACAAUCAUAGGAGAAGAAGAACUGUCCACUGAUGAGGUAACUGAGGAAUUAAUUGAAGAUGGUCACUGUGAAGAAAUACUGAAGAAAACUUGUCCUGCUCAGUACACAGGAAUUAAAGAGGAAGAGCUUGUAAUAUGGGUUGAUCCCUUGGAUGGAACCAAGGAGUACACGGAAGGUCUCCUUGACCACGUAACGGUUCUUAUUGGAAUUGCUUAUGGAGGCAAAGCAAUAGCAGGAGUUAUUAACCAGCCAUACUACAACUAUGAGGCAGGAGCUGGUGCUGAGUUGGGCAGGACAAUCUGGGGAGUCCUGGGCAUUGGUGCCUUUGGAUUUCAGCUCAUGGAAGCACCUGCUGGGAAACACAUCAUCGUCACCACCCGUUCUCACAGCAGUACCCUGGUAAAUGACUGCAUCAGUGCCUUGAACCCAGAUAGCGUCAUCAGAGUUGGAGGAGCAGGAAACAAGAUCAUUCAACUUAUAGAAGGCAAAGCAUCUGCUUAUGUAUUUGCCAGUCCUGGGUGCAAGAAAUGGGAUACAUGUGCACCUGAAGCUAUUCUACAUGCUGUGGGAGGCAAGAUCACUGAUAUCCAUGGAAAUUCAUUUCAGUAUAACAAGGAAGUGAAACACAUGAAUUCAGCUGGGGUCCUUGCCACUUUGAGAAAUUAUGACUAUUAUGCCAGUCGUAUUCCUAACUCUGUUAAACAAUCACUUGUGCCUUAAAGCAGUAAAGCACCUUCACUUGGCCUGGAAGGCUGAGAAAAUGAGCUUGAAGAAAGAAGAUAACUGAGCUUGAAAUUUUGUUUUAUAGAAUCUGAACUGAGUUCUUAUAUUAAGGUGUUCAAUAAUUUCAAAAUUACAUACAGAAUCUCUAGGUAUAUGUUGGAUCAGAUUGUUUUGCUGUUUAGCAGACAACACCAAAACAGUCACAUUUCUUCAAUAGUUUUCCAUAUUCUUUGGGAGUAUUCAUUCUUCAUGUGAUAUGACUGUGGCUAAUCAUAACACUACAGUCCAAAAAUCACCUCAAUAUUCAGGGCACAAAAUCAUGUUAAAUCAUUUACCUGAUCUUGUUCAAUGUUUUUUGUUGUAUGUUGUCAACAACGGCUUAUUGUGUUAAAUACAAAUGGACUAAGAAUUUGC